CGGCAGACUGGAAAGAUGGGAGGAGACAUGGCAGACCUGCUGAUAUGCACACUCAUCAAGGUCACUUCAGCUGGGAAAAAUACCUGAAGGAGACAGGAUCUCAACCGGGCCCAACGCAUUGCUUCAGACAGUCCGGUUCUCCACCCUCCAAUGAUUACAAGAUUGGAAUGAAGCUAGAGGCCCAGGACCCUAGGAACACAACCUCCACUUGCAUUGCCUCUGUGGUAGGUCUCACAGGAGCUCGGCUAAGACUGCGCCUUGAUGGAAGCGAUAACAAAAAUGACUUCUGGAGACUGGUGGAUUCAUCAGAGAUUCAGCCCAUUGGCACUUGUGAAAAGAGUGGGGGCAUGUUACAGCCCCCAUUAGGUUUUAGGCUUAAUGCUUCCUCGUGGCCCAUGUUUCUCCUGAAGACCUUAAACGGGGCUGAGAUGGCACCUGCCAAAACAUUUCACAAGGAGCCUCCUUCUCCAGCCCAGAACCAUUUUGAGGUAGGAAUGAAACUGGAGGCUGUGGACAGGAAAAAUCCACAUUUUAUUUGCCCAGCUACCAUUGGGGAGGUAAGAGGCAGUGAAAUCCUUGUGACCUUUGAUGGAUGGAGAGGUGCAUUCGAUUACUGGUGUCGAUAUGACUCCCGGGACAUCUUUCCUGUUGGAUGGUGUUCUUUAACUGGGGACAACUUGCAGCCUCCAGGGACUAAAGUGGCUAUUCCAAAAAGUCCGGCUCCCGCUGCUGGUUUGGCCUCUGGUAUUCUGCGAGGUCCCAGAAACUUAGUUUCAGGGGUACCCGGUCGAAGGCGUCGAAAGCCAGGAAGGAAGAAGGGUCAGGUGCCAAAGGCUCUCACCCAUCAGUUGACAGGACAACCACCCAACCUUAACGAACCUUUCCGUUUCCCUAAGAAGAGGGGUCCCAAACCAGGAAGCAAGAGGAAACCUCGGGUUUUGCUGAACCAAGUUCCUACUUCUCCAACAAAUAGUACUCCAGAACCAGACACCAGCACUGUACCACAGGACGCUGCCACCAUUCCAUGUGCUGCGAUGCAGGCCCCUACAGUUUGCAUUUACCUAAACAAAAAUGGAGAUUCUGGCCCUCACCUUGACCGGAAGAAAGUUCAGCACCUUCCAGACCACUUUGGACCUGCCCGGGCAUCUGUUGUACUACAGCAAGCAAUACAGGCCUGCAUAGACUGUGCAUACCACCAGAAAACAGUCUUCAGCUUCCUCAAGCAGGGUCAUGGGGGGGAAGUUAUAUCCGCUGUAUUUGAGAGGGAACAACAUACACUGAACCUUCCAGCGGUGAACAGUAUUGGUUAUGUUCUUCGUUUUCUGGAGAAACUAUGUCGGAAUCUACAUAGUGACAACCUGUUUGGUAACCAGCCCUUUACCCAGAAUCCUGCACAGCAGUUGGGGUCAUAUGACAAUGAGCGAUAUCUAACAGAAAGGUGCAACUCUGAGGGCAGUGUCCAUGGACCAGGAAGAGGAACAAAGAGAUACUCUCAUGAGACCCCUCCAUACAAUGCCCCACUGUGUCCCAAAAUACCAAAGAGUGACUGCCAUGCAUCAGAAGGAGAAACGUUCCUACAGGAUGCUGGUCUUCCAGGGUCUGUGGAGCAGCGUUUGGGUCCAGGAGACUCUCCCAGCAGUCCAAACACAUGUAGAAUCUCCAGGGAAUAUCGAUCUCCGGCAUACAGAAACCACCACCAGCCUAGCAGUCUCUCACAGGGAGGCGUGCGUAGGCUGAGUUCAGCUGAGUCAGAGAGGUACGCUAACAGUCGGCAAGGGCCUCGUGAUCCUUCUCAGUGGAACAUGGAAGACGUAAUGCAGUUCAUCAGAGAAGCUGAUCCACAACUCGGAUCCCAUGCUGAGCUCUUUCGUAAACACGAAAUAGAUGGAAAAGCCUUGCUCCUUCUGAGAAGCGAUGUCAUGAUGAAAUACAUGGGGCUAAAGUUGGGUCCUGCCCUGAAGCUGUCUCACCACAUAGACAAAUUGAAGCAGGGAAAGUUCUGACCGUGAAAAGGGGCCCAGUUAUCGCUCACUGAAUGGUCAUGUAUUGGACUGCCUCAGCAACUUUUUGUAAAGUCACUUUUCAAGAAUUACGUCCCCAUUUUAUGGGGCAUUUCACACAUUGUUGACUUUUCAAGCUACAAAUUCCCAGUUUCUGAGAUGCUCCUCCAGUCCUGUGAACUUGUCCUUUAUAUUUCACAAUAUUGGGAGAUAAAGACUUUAUACUUUUGGAUGGCCUUUUGGUUGUCCUUCUCCUUGAUUAAAUCCAUAUGAUACUUUUCUUAUCUUAUAUAGCACUGGCAGUGCACACGGCGCUGUACAUAGUAGAAUAAAUGAGGCACAAUGAACUUUUGGCCGGAAAAUUUUUGAAUUUGAUGCUUUGUUAGGUUACCGAAAAUCCACUUUACGUCUUGUAUAUGGGAUAAAAUGAAGGGGUCGCCAAUAUAUGUAUUAAUAAAUUCAGAUCCAAUUACACAGGCUUUGUGCAUAAAUGGCAUUAAUCUGAUGUUUCCCAAUUCAAUUCCUUAGGGGAUGCUAACAGUACGGUUUCCAGACUU